AUGUUCGUGUUUUCCACCGACCAAAUCCGACGACUGCUGAAUAUGACAUUUUUUGACAGCGGCUCGACGCUGAUCGAUUUGGGCGCCGGUGAUGGAGCUACUACCGAAAAGUACUUGCCCCUGAUCCGUGAGAUCUACACAACCGAAAAGUCGGGGCCGAUGAUCCGGAUUUUGGCUGAAAAGGGUUUCAGAUUGUUGGACGUUGACACAUGGUGGACUCGCGAAGAGAAAUUCGAUGUGGUGUCGUGUCUAAACCUGUUGGACCGUUGCAGCAAUCCUGCAAAGCUCUUGGAAGAAAUGAAAAAAGCCUUGAAACCCAACGGCAGGAUCGUAGUGGCGCUGGUGUUGCCGUACAAACCCUACGACGAAUUCAGUUCCGCGGAACCGGAACAAAAGUUGCCGAUCACAGGCGUUACGUUCGAGGAACAGGUGUGUUCGGCGGUGCACGACGUGUUCGAACCGUAUGGACUGGAAGUUUUAUGCUGGACAAGACUCCCGUACCUGUGCGAAGGCGACCUGAGCCAGGAUUACUAUUGGCUGCACGACGCCGUCUUCGUGAUGUCCGCGAAAACACCGCCGCAAGUCGUCGAGAACGCAUAG